CUAGUUGUUGCUCGUCUCUGAGGCUCCAACGAUGAUUGAGUAUAAUGGCGACGCGUAUACUCUGACUUGAGUCCAUGGAGCAGUGUGGAGCCAACAAAGGGAAGCCGUUGGAUCUUUUUUUUUUUUUUUUUGUGCACUUUUAAAGCAGCGAUAAGGAUAAGCAGCCACGAAAAGAAGAACAUUCGCCCUCAGUGACAAGGAGCCAGGAGAAAUUGUACAGUUAGCAUUGCUAUCUGUAGCAUUGUGCUCGCUAGCUUGCUAAGUUGAAGAGGUGGCUUUAAUGUGUGUGAACUGAAGGAGAGGUGAAAACUGAGAAGUUACAUUAAUGCAAAUUGGAAAUGUGUUUACUGUUUAGUAUUUCUGGAUAGUUUGGAUUUUCCUUUUCGGCAACAUCACCAAUCAAGUAUUGAUUUGUAGAUAACGUUAGCUUGUAGUUUUUAUAAAGGAUCCAGCACCCUCAUCGGGUUAGCGAGCAGGGUAGCUUUUGUUGAUUUUUUUUUUCUCCCCAGCUUCUUUCCUGUCUGGACUUGCUUUCACCUCAUUGGGAAACUGCCUACCCAGCCCUCUCAACAGCUUGCUAGCAUAAGGCUGCUAGCUCGCUAACUUGUAAGAAUUGUUGUGUUUUGUGCGAGCCCCUUUCGUAAAUGACCACCGGCAGGAACAACCGGGCGAUGAUGGAAGGAGUCGGAGCCAGAGUGGUCCGCGGACCCGACUGGAAGUGGGGGAAGCAGGACGGUGGAGAGGGACAUGUCGGCACCGUCAGGAGUUUCGAAAGUCCAGAAGAGGUGGUCGUUGUUUGGGAUAAUGGGACAGCUGCCAACUACCGCUGUUCUGGAGCUUAUGAUAUACGAAUAUUAGACAGUGCUCCAACAGGUAUCAAGCAUGAUGGAACCAUGUGUGACACCUGUCGUCAACAGCCAAUCAUUGGUAUUCGCUGGAAAUGUGCAGAGUGCACCAAUUAUGACCUCUGCACAACCUGUUACCAUGGAGACAAGCAUCACCUGAGACACCGAUUCUACAGGAUCACCACACCGGGCAGCGAGAGAGUACUUCUGGAGUCACGUCGCAAGUCAAAGAAAAUUACGGCCAGGGGGAUCUUUGCUGGCGGCCGGGUUGUUAGAGGAGUGGACUGGCAGUGGGAAGAUCAAGAUGGAGGCAAUGGGAGGAGAGGAAAGGUGACGGAGAUCCAGGACUGGAGUGCAGCCAGCCCUCACAGCGCCGCCUACGUACUUUGGGACAACGGGGCCAAGAACCUGUACAGGGUUGGCUUUGAGGGAAUGUCUGACCUGAAAUGUGUCCAGGAUGCCAAAGGAGGCUCGUUUUACAGAGACCACUGUCCUGUUUUAGGUGAGCAGAAUGGAAACAGAAAUCCUGGCGGUCUUCAGAUUGGAGACCUGGUCAACAUUGAUCUGGAUUUAGAGAUUGUUCAGUCCCUCCAGCAUGGCCAUGGGGGAUGGACUGACGGGAUGUUUGAGACCCUCACAACCACAGGCACCGUUUGUGGCAUUGAUGAGGACCACGACAUUGUGGUUCAGUACCCCAGUGGGAACAGAUGGACGUUUAACCCAGCAGUGCUAACGAAGGCUAAUGUAGUGCGCAGCGGUGAAGUUGCAGCCGGUGCAGAGGGAGGAAGCUCCCAGUUUCAUGUGGGAGAUCUGGUUCAGAUCUGCUACGACAUCGACCGCAUCAAGCUGCUACAAAGAGGGCAUGGGGAGUGGGCUGAGGCCAUGCUGCCUACCCUGGGCAAGGUGGGCCGUGUGCAACAGAUCUACUCUGACAGUGACCUGAAGGUCGAGGUUUGUGGGACUUCCUGGACGUACAAUCCUGCGGCUGUCACUAAGAUCGCCCCCUCCGGCUCUGCUGUCAGCAAUGCCUCUGGAGAGCGUUUGUCUCAGUUGUUGAAGAAACUAUUCGAGACGCAAGAGUCUGGAGAUAUCAACGAGGAGCUGGUCAAGGCAGCAGCUAAUGGAGACCUGGCUAAAGUGGAGGACAUUUUGAAGAGACCUGAUGUGGAUGUGAAUGGACAGUGUGCGGGACACACUGCUAUGCAGGCAGCCAGUCAGAAUGGGCACGUGGAUGUCCUAAAACUGCUGCUUAAACACAGCGUAGACCUAGAGGCUGAGGAUAAAGAUGGAGAUCGGGCGGUGCACCACGCAGCGUUUGGCGAUGAAGGCUCUGUCAUUGAGGUGCUUCACAGGGGUGGGGCUGACUUGAACGCCAGGAACAAGCGAAGGCAGACUCCGCUACACAUAGCAGUCAACAAGGGCCAUCUACAGGUGGUUAAAACCUUGCUGGAUUUUGGCUGCCACCCUAGCCUUCAGGAUUCGGAAGGUGACACACCUCUGCACGAUGCAAUUAGCAAGAAAAGAGAUGACAUGUUGUCGGUGCUGCUGGAGGCCGGCGCAGACGUCACCAUCACUAACAAUAAUGGAUUCAACGCUUUGCAUCACGCUGCCCUGCGAGGGAACCCCAGUGCCAUGCGAGUGCUGCUGUCCAAACUGCCGAGGCCGUGGAUCGUAGACGAGAAGAAGGACGACGGUUACACCGCGCUGCAUCUGGCCGCACUCAACAACCACGUGGAGGUGGCCGAGCUGUUGGUGCACCAGGGCAACGCCAGCUUAGACAUUCAGAAUGUUAACCAGCAGACGGCAUUACACCUUGCAGUGGAGCGCCAGCACACUCAGAUAGUUCGGCUUCUGGUGCGUGCAGAGGCCAAGCUCGACGUGCAGGACAAGGACGGGGACACGCCGCUUCACGAGGCGCUGCGUCACCACACACUGUCCCAGUUGCGACAGCUCCAGGAUAUGCAGGAUGUUAGCAAAGUGGAGCCCUGGGAACCCUCCAAGAACACAUUAAUCAUGGGCCUGGGCACCCAGGGAGCAGAGAAGAAGAGUGCAGCAUCCAUAGCCUGCUUCCUGGCAGCAAAUGGAGCAGACCUGACCAUUCGCAACAAAAAGGGCCAGUCCCCUCUGGACCUCUGUCCUGACCCCAGCCUCUGUAAGGCCUUGGCCAAAUGUCACAAGGAGAAGAGCAGCGGCCAGGUGGACACCCGUAGCCCGUCUCUGAACAGCAACAUCGAGUCUUUAGAGGAGUGCAUGGUUUGUUCGGACAUGAAGAGAGACACCCUGUUUGGACCCUGCGGACACAUCGCGACUUGCUCGCUCUGCUCGCCACGUGUCAAGAAGUGUCUCAUCUGCAAGGAGCAGGUUCAGUCCAGAACAAAGAUUGAGGAGUGCGUAGUCUGCUCUGACAAAAAGGCAGCUGUGUUGUUUCAGCCCUGCGGUCACAUGUGCGCCUGUGAGAACUGUGCCAGCCUCAUGAAGAAGUGCGUACAGUGCCGGGCUGUGGUGGAACGCCGCACCCCCUUUGUCCUCUGCUGCGGAGGGAAAGGUAUGGAGGAUGGUGCCGCUGAUCAUGAUGAUGAUGAUGAUGAUGAUGAUGAUGAUGACCUUAGGAGCUCUAACACUAUGGCGGGGGGAUCCCAGGAUCUUCUCCAGCCCAACAAUCUGGCACUAAGUUGGUCCAGUGGAAACAUCCCAGCCCUGCAGAGAGACAAAGAUAACACAAACGUCAAUGCUGAUGUACAGAAGCUACAGCAACAGCUUCAAGACAUCAAGGAACAGACCAUGUGUCCGGUGUGUCUGGACCGUCUGAAGAACAUGAUCUUCAUGUGCGGCCAUGGCACCUGCCAGCUGUGCGGAGACCGAAUGAGCGAGUGCCCCAUCUGCCGAAAGGCCAUCGAGCGUCGGAUCCUCCUUUACUAGACCUCCUCUUUUUUUUACCGCUCAUACGCCGACAACUCCCGCAAACGCCACAUCCACACCAGCUGCUGCCGAGUCAGCCAGCCACGUCUUAACGCUACACUAGAAAUGCUCUGUUUGCUGAUGUGUUUCAGAUGGAGCCUCUGUUACAAAGAAACUGAUCCGUUUUGCUGUUAUUUACUAUGUAUUUUUAGUGCAGCCUGACAGAUGCUUAUUUGGCAGAAAUCCUAUUUUUCUUCCACAAUCUUCUGUUCUCUGUGCAGUUUUCUGUCGUUUCCUUGAUUUUUCUUUCAGGCUCGGCUCAGGCCUCCUCUGGGUUUUUCCACAGACACAUUCAGAGCCGAUGACCCAAAGAGGGCUGUCUCUUUCCUUUUUCAUGUAAAGUUCUUAUGCAUGUGUCGCAGUGAGUGACAGCUGCUGUCACCUUUUACUGUAUUUUUAAAAUCUUUAUGCAAAUGUAUUGGUAUCAGAAGUUCCAGAUGUGGAUUAUUUCCUAACAGUAUGAAAGUUUUGAGACAAGUUGUUCUGUUUAGAGGUUCUGUGAGUUUUUUGAUGAUUUGUAUCCCGACAGUCCUCCGAGCAGGAGACCAAAUGGUUGGCAGUUUUGCACUAGAAACGCUGAAGAAACCAACUGUGUAGGUCCGCUUCAGCUCAGUGACAGAACAUGGACACUUUAAUCUGAUUGCCCACAGGUAGCACACGACACCCUGACCUUUGUUUACCGAGCUGUAAUGAUGACAGUGUUGCAACACUUUCGAGCUGUGCUUUGUGGACUUAAACACACUUAUUCAGCUUUCUGUCCUGUGAGCAGCCUGUGUUGUAACCUUUUUGCACACAAAUGUGAUGCAAACAUUUCUGGAGAGCAAGCGCCCUGACACAACUCCACAUUAAACUGUUGAAAUGCUAUUUAACCAUUCGACCAGUCUGUGCCAUCUGCUCCCAGAUGAUACGAGUUCAUCCCAAUAAAUUACUAUAUCAUUGCCAAGUUAAUUUAUUUCAGUAAUUCAAUUCAAAAAGUCAAACCUGUAUAUUAGUAACAUUUAUUACACACAGAGUGAUACAUUUUUUAAUGUUAAUUUAUAUUAACUUUGCUGAUUAUGGCUAAAAGCAAAUGAAAACCCAAAUUUCACAAAUUGCAACAUAAAAAAGGUUUUCUGUAGUAGAAAUUUCGGUCUACUGAAAAAAAGUGAAUUAUUGCAUCAGUGAUGCUUGGGAUGGAGAUAGUCAGCCUGGGGCUGUGCUGAGGUGUUAAGAGGUCCAGGGGUUUUAGUAGCUUGUCUGUACUGUUGGGUCUGCUGUCUCUCGUCCUCUUGACAGUACUCCAUAGUUUCUUUAUCGGGUUUCUGCUUCUUCAGCGUUGAUCUUUUGUGGCUUACCCUUUAAUUGGAGGGUGUCAGUGACUAUGUGCUGAGAAGUCUUCCCCAUGACAGUGUAGCCCAGAAGGUAACAUUUCUGUAUUAAAAGUCUAUUCUUUUAUUGGUCAUAUGUAAUGUUUAAAUUAUCUGAGAAACAGAUUUUUGAGUUUUUAUUUGCUAUAAGCCAUAAUAAUAAAAAUAAAUGACACAAAUGACACUCAUCCCUGUUGCUUGUGCACCAUUUUUCUACCACAGUUUUUCCUUCCACUCAACUUUCUAUUAAUAUGCUUGGUUACAGCUGUCUGUGAACAACUGUCUUCUUCAGUCAUGAACUUUGAGGAUUACCUUGCUUUUGGAGGACCUUAAUAACCUUAUGCUGAACAACUGUCAAAUAAUCCGUCUUCAAUAUGACUGUGUGGGCCAUAAAAUAACGUUUCUGUGUUUAGUUCAUUAUAUUCUAAUCUCCUCAGAAGCUUUAUGAGUUUUCAUUAGAAUUGAGCGCCUCAAAUAUAUUAGAGUAUAAUGAAUAUAAAAAUAAGCUUCACUUUUGGAAUUGAAUUACUGAAACACAUUUUUCAUAGUUAUUUUAAUUUGCUGAGAUGCACCCAUAUGUAUGGGGACUAGGUGCUCUUGAUCACACAUUAAUUUUUCAAAGAUUUAUUUAAGUGUUUCCCCCCUUUCUCAGAAUCAACAUUUAUUAAGCAUAGAGAGAACAAUCUAUAAGAAAGUGUAGAAUAAUUUAUUUUGUAUUUUUUCCCUAACGUUAGGAUUUAUAGGUGCCACUGCCUUCUGACUAUGUAGCCUCAAAGUCUCAGACAUUUUGCUUUGAUAUUCAUGUUGAAAUAUGUGAUGUUGACAAUAGCUUUAUAGCAGUUUUCAGUAUGUUUCUUUUUCAUGAAGUAAGUCUGUGUAAGUUCCUUUGCAUCAUGGGAAAAUAAAAUACAUUUGUGCUAAAGGUGUGAAACGACUUUUCCACAGUGUUUUAGUUUGGAGUCGGAUACUGUCUCCUUUUAGGAGUGGAGUUUGUCCCUGCGGGGACUGGGAUAACUGGCUCCCUGUGAUACGUGGGAAAUUUGCAACCACAAACGAGCGUUUUGUUUUGUUAAGACUCAAAACAAAGUUGUAUUUUUUUUCCUUUGACUAUGAUGAAACUUUUAAGCUAGAAGCACUAAUACGCUUUAUUGUAGUUUUGUCAUAUUAUGGUUAUAAAAACAUUUUCAAUUUAUUUUCAAUCUGUCCUGUUAGAUAUGUAUCAGUAGUGUUAUCUUUGGCAUGAAUGUUUGACAUAUGCAGUACGACUUGUACCACCUGGAAAAAAAACAUUUAGUUUGUAUUGCGAUCAAGUGCUUUUAAAAUGACCAUACAGCAGAAAUAAAGUCCUAAAUGAAC